CUAAAGUGUUCUCCAUUAACCGCGCAGCGUAAUACACAGAGCGCACAGGGAAGAAUGGAAAGGAAUAAGACAUAUAGAUCAGUCUAAAUUCACAGAUAUACAUUAUACCUAAAUUAGAGAAAAACAGUUUUAAACUGUAUUUAAUAUCAACGCGUAUCUUUUACUGCAUUUGAGAGUUUGAAUAUUACAUUUCUGCGUUUUACGCGGACCCGGAUGAGUCUUUUUUUCUAGAGGAACAUCAGAGUGAACCGCGCGGAAUUGCUUUUAUUUUAGGCAGUUUGCACGAGUAAGGUAAGGUUGCAUAGCAUGGGCACUCUACUGGCAUUAAUAUUAGCGCUCUCACUGAGCGCAUCAUGGGGAUGCCAACUGCCCCACGACUGGAGACCUCAGACGGAAGCGUGCCGCGCAGAGCUGGCGGAGAUCAUAGUCUUUGCCAAGGUGCUCGCACUCCAUAAGGAGUCUUACAGCGUGUACAACUACCUGCCGUGGCAGUACGACACGGAUCUAUUCUUCUCCGCGGAGAUCGAGCUGCUAUGCGAUCAGGCAUGGGGCAGCAUGCUGGAAGUGCCUGCCGGGUCCAGGUUUAAUGUCAGCGGGUUGGGAUAUUUCCCCUGCUACUCCUACAGUGUCAUGGAGAACAACUCAUACUAUUUCUUUUUAAGGAUGGAUGAAAACUACAGCAUCAUUCCCCACGGAGUAAACUUCCAGGACCCCAUCUUCUCUGACACGCCGGAGAACCAUCGCAUGUUUGCCAGCUUGUUCCAGUUUUCCAACUGCACAGUUGGCACACAGGUUCACAUGUACACCCCAGACUGGGAGGUACAGGAGGACAACAGACUAUGGUGUUCCAACGUGCAGAAGGCCUUAUUUGAGGAGGAAGAGAAAGUCAAAAACCUCUCUCAGAAAGUAAAGGUCCUGGAGAAAGCCAACAAUCACCUGAGGGACAAGGUGAAGAACAUGAAACGUCUCUUGAGGCAGGCCAAACGUGAGACCAAAGAGCCAGUUCAAAGCUUCAAACAGCUUCACGAAGCUGAACCAGAGUUACCACAUCCACAACAGGACACCACCCAGGAUCAAAAACUCACUCUCAGGAAAAUCCUGCCCAAAAAAGCUUAAGAACUAAAAGCCAUUCCUGCAAUGGAAGAAAUUCGAUUACAGAAAAUUACUGUGUAUUGGAAGAUCUAGACUAACUUUUCUUUACUGACUUCAGAUGGUUUAGACAAACAGUUUUUUCAUAUAACUGGCUGUAAAAUAUAAUGAAAAGCUACAAUAGCAAAACAAUGUUUUGACUUCACAAUCAUUAAAAUAUCAUGAUCCUUUUAUCAAAAUGUGAAAAUAUUGAUGCAUUGCAAUGUUCAACCACAACAUGGGGUUAAAGCUAAUAAAAUUCACAUUUUUUUUUCAUUCAUUUCAUUUCAUUCUGACUAGAAGCAGAUGUUGUUAAUCAAGUAGAGCCUGACAAGAUACAGCACAGUGUUUUGAAUUUAUUUGGACAGGUGUUCACAUGGAAAUACAUUUUGGCACAAUAUAGCAACACUGACCUUCAGUCUACAAAAUAAAAUAAAAUAAAUAAAUAAAUAAAUUUAAGAAAAAAAAUCACCGUUUCCCAUUAGUGUAGAAGUCGUUCAUCUUAAAAUUCCAAGAAACAUUUACUGUCGAGUGCAAGACAGACCCAAAAAAUCUGGUAAAUCUGGUGUUGAGAUUUUGUGUAGAAGUGUUUCCAUACGUAAAGUCUUAUUUGAACUUUUAUGACUAAAAUAUAACCUUAAGAGUCAGUCUACAUCAUGACUCUGUUGUUUUGGGAUCAGAUUUCCUUUUUACAUAUGAUUCCAAUUUUUCAUGUAAUAAUUCCAAUUUAUGUAUUAGUUUCUUAUGAGUUUUAUAAUUGCAAACAGGGUGCUGAGCACUUGAUAUAUGUAAUCUUUACUCAGUGAAGCUUAUCUUAAAAUGAAAAUGUUCAUCAUUUAAAGAACAAUUUACUGACAAGGUUUUGAAACAGUUAUUGUUGUUUUUGUUAAUCUGAACUGUCAAUUAUUGUUUCCUGUUUAACAUAUCCACAUGUACGCCAAUGAAAAAUGAA